AUGAUCGGCAGAAGCACCACAACCACCAAGGAGAGAAUAUUGAGACACGCACUGAGAGGCUGUUGCUUCGCUCUUUCUUUUAAAUUGCGGCAACGAAAGCAGCCCAAAACUCGCAAAUCAUCUUUUCUUUUUGUUUAACCGCCUUCAGGAAAGAUAGAAAAUAUACAAUGGUUUGAGGCUUAAAGAUAGAAUAUUAGGUGGGUACGGUAGUAAUUAAUGGAGAGAAGAAAAAGGGUCACCGAGAAAGAUGAUGAAGGCGGAGGGAGGAGGCCUAAGAAGCUGCAGCAGCACCACCCGCAGCGUCAUGUGAAUAAUAAUAAUAAUAAUAAUAAUAAUAAGAAGAAGAAGGAGGAGGAGGAGAAGGAGGGUGCUGCUGACGUGGCGACGGAGGAGGAGGUGGAGGAGUUUUUUGCUAUAGUGAGGAGGAUGCAGGCGGCUGUCAAGUAUUUUGAGAAAGCUGCUGCGAAUACUACCGAAGGAGGAGGAGGAGAUCAUCCGAUUCAGAGCGGCUGGAGAGCUGCCUUGGAGUCUACGGAGCCGCUGCUGGCUGUGGAGGUUGACGACGCCGCAGAUCAUGAUGCUCAUGAUGAUCAAGAGGCAGCAGAGGCAGAAGCAGUGGUGGCACCAGAUGAUAAUAAGGACGAAGGAGAUGACGAGAAUGGAGUUCUAGACUUGAAUGAGGCACCAGACGACAUCACGGAGGAGACUUGAAUGAUAAUAUAUAUAUAUAUAUAAUAUAUCUGGAGAUGGCUGGCUCUCUUCUGACUUGCGAUCAUCAGGGCAUGCCUGGCCCGGACAUGGGGAACUCCGGCCGGCUGAACCGAAUUGAAGCUGCUAAAGGUUUUUUUAUAUAUAUAUUUUUUUUAUAAAAUUAAUUUUUGUUGGGGAUUAAUGACGGAGCAACGGUUGUCCUUUGUUCGUCAAGUAUCCUUAAUUUUGUUGUCCUUUUAAUUACUUUUUUCUAAUUUCAGCCUUUUGUUUUGUUUGCUGGUUGGUUGGUACAGUUAAUCAAUUAAGUAAUUUGUUCUUCAUGUCUUUUUUUUUU